CCCCGCCCUCAGAGGAAGGCCUCACUGCGCAUGCGCCAUAAGAGGCUGCGCUUUCUCCUUCACUCAGCUGCCCUGAGGAACGCUGCAAACUCUGCACACUCCGUUUGAAAUUACAGACAUGGAAGGAAAGGUGGGGAUUGUGGUUCAACAGGAGAGGACUGAAGCAAGCGUGAAAGCAGAAAACAAAGAUGUCUGUGUCUCAUGUUUGCACAACGCCCCCAAGGGUCACGGAACAAUGGCUGUUCCACCUUCAUACUCAGACUUGGGAAAAUCUGCCAAGGACAUCUUUGGCAAGGGAUUUGGAUAUGGAGUUCUGAAGCUCGAUGUCAAGACCAAGUCUCAGAGUGGUGUUAUGGAGUUUUCCACCUCAGGCUCCAACAACACAGACACAGGGAAGUCAGGAGGCCACCUGGAGACAAAGUAUAAGAUGUGUGAUCUGGGUCUCACUUUCAACCAGAAAUGGACCACAGACAACACUUUGACCACGGAAAUCACCAUGGAGGACCAGCUGGCUAAAGGGCUAAAGCUUGGAUUGGACACAUCUUUUGUGCCAAACACUGGCAAGAAGAGUGCCAAACUAAAGACCGGAUACAAGCGGGACUUCAUGAACCUGGGCUGUGACCUGGACUUCGACAUGGCUGGUCCCACCGUCCAUGCGGCCGCUGUGCUGGGCUUCGAAGGCUGGCUGGUGGGCUACCAGUUGGCCUUUGACACUGCCAAAUCUAAAUUGGCUAAAAACAACUUCGCCUUUGGAUACAAGGCCGGUGACUUCCAGCUGCACACCCACGUUAAUGAUGGCACAGAGUUUGGGGGCUCCAUUUACCAGAAGGUGAACAGCAACCUGGAGACAGCAGUGAACCUUGCAUGGACAGCAGGAAGCAACAACACACGCUUUGGAAUCGGAGCCAAAUACAAGCUGGAUAAGGAUGCCUCCCUGUCUGCAAAGGUCAGCAAUGCCUGCCUUGUUGGAGUUGGAUACACGCAAACCCUCAGGCCAGGAGUGAAACUCACUCUCUCUGCGCUGAUCGAUGGGAAGAGCGUGAACAGCGGUGGACACAAAGUCGGCAUGGGAUUCGAGCUGGAGGCGUAAAGACCUGCCAGAAAAUGGAGAGGAAAAAAACAAAAUACACAGCCCUCAAUGUGACGAAACUGCAGUGACCCACUAAGCAACAUGUGAAUACAUCCUCUCAGUCCAACACGCACACAUUCUUUGGCCUUAACCUUCAAACCCAAGUAGCCUCCAAGACCUCCAGUACUGUAACUGUCACCCAAUCAUAACUUAUUUUUACAUUUUAAAAUAUGUUCAACUUUAAAUCUAAACCUAAGAGCAUACAGCACAAACACAGUUUUAACAGAUUAAAGUGCACUUUUAACCAGAGCAAGUUCUGAGGCGCAGUUUUUAAUUUAACUGUCUGUUUUAGUUCAGUUAUGCUCAGUUGUAUCAUGUUAGGAUAUUUAUAGGCUGCUUGUUUUGGAGUGUUUUGGUUUUUUUGCAUGAUAUCCAGGCUAUUGAUAAAGUGUGUGAAAAUCAAUUGCAAUAUAGAUCGGAGAGAGUUUGGUGGGAAAAAAAAAAUGAAAUAUAGUUUUGUUUUUUCCAGGCCCCAUUUGGUUUAAAUAGGGGUUGAAUGCAGUUUGAAUCUCAGUGUCAACAUCAUGUUUCAGCCUUGGUCACGUUUCACAACUAUGCUGUGGAAAUAUAAGAACUAUUGUCUACUCUUUGGACCUCUAACUAAUUUUAUUGAAUAAAUGAAAUAAAGACUGUCAAACAACA